AUGCUGAGGACUCAGGACGUCUGGAGCACACAGUUUGAGGACUGCGGAUCUGUGGUCGGUAACUUGCGUAACGUAUCAGUGUUUCCCUGUGCAGAAGAUCCAUGCGUGGUGUAUAAGGGCGAAAUCGUUCGACUGACAAUCAACUUCACCGCAGAAAGAGCAAUCGCUGAUGGUGAAGCGGGACUCUAUUGGAAAUUCCUUAUGUUUGAUGUGCCAGUGCCGCUUCCCAAUUCCGACCUGUGCGACUCCACCGCACCCAGCUGUCCUCUACAAUCCGAUGGGACAGUGUAUACGUACACGUAUUCGAUUGACGUCCCGGAGUCCGUGCCAUCG